AUGCGCGCGGCGCCGACGCGCGCGCGCGCGGCGACGCCGGCGCGACGACGCGCGUCGUCGCGCGCGACGUCGGGACGCCGCGCGACGACGCGCGCGACGACGCUGUACGGGUCGCAGGGCUCGCGGUCGCCGCUGGUGAACUGGUACGCGCACGAGAUCGGCCUCGAGCUCGCGAUGCGCGCGCCGAGGGACGAGACGAACCCGCACCCGUUCGGACAGGUGCCCGCGCUGCGCGACGACGCCGACGCGGACGGCGGCGAGCUCGAACUGUUCGAGUCCGGGGCGAUUUUAAUGUACCUCGCCGACGCGUACGGCGGUUUGGACACGCCGAAGACGCGCGCCGCGGCGGCGGCGUGGGUGUCGUGGGCGAACGCGUCGCUGGAUCCCGUGCUGUUCGUCGAGAACGAGCGCGGUGGCGUGGUGGACACCAAGGCGCGCGACCCGAAUAAUAAGCGACUCCGACGGCUCGACGACGUCUUGGCGUCUCGAGAUUAUCUGUUGGGCGAUUUCUCGGUCGCGGACGUCGCCGUCGGCGCGUAUCUGCUCUACGUGCCGCAGUUCUUUCCCGACGUCAGCUUCGCGCCGUAUCCCGCGCUGGCGCGUUACAUGGGCCGUCUCGCGCUCCGCGACGCGUACGCGAAGGCGUUCGGCGCCGACGCGCGGCGCUACCUCGUGCAAAAGUGCGUCUCGUACGUAGAUGGAGAUUAA